CGCCUAAAUGUACGUUAAACCCUAACGUGAGAUGCAACACGUGUGGAAAGACUGGUCAUUUGCAAAGGGUGUGUUUCCAAGGGAAGCAGGGAACUAACCAAUUGGACGAAGUUCUAAAUCUCACUACCGAUCUCAGGAAGGCAAGAGCAAAAAUUUCUACUACUCUUCAAGUCAACCAGAAAUCACUGGAGUUCGAAAUAGAUACAGGUGCGGCGGUAUCGGUAAUCGGUAUUGAAAACGCGCGAAGAUUAUUCCCAGAUAAAGAAUUAGACCGUUUAUGCAAAGAAGGCAUUUUGGAGAAGGUAAAUACUUCUAGAUGGGCAACUCCCAUAGUACCAGUUUUGAAAAAAAACAAUCAAGUCAGGAUUUGUGGAGAUUUCAGUGUCUCGCUAAAUCCACACUUAAUAGUGGAUGAACAUCCCUUACCUACUACGGAUGAGUUAUUUACCUCAAUGGAGGGAUGCACUAUUUUUUCUAAAAUAGAUCUCCAAAAUGCUUAUCUGCAACUCAUGGUCAGAGAAGAAGACUGUGAAUUACUGACCCUUAAUACACAUAGAGGGUUGUGUAAAAGUAAACGAUUAAUGUACGGCGUUGCUAGUGCGCCAGCUAUAUGGCAAAGAAGCAUUGAAACAAUUUUGCAAGGAAUUCAAGGCGUAGUUGUUUUUCUAGACGAUAUUCGAAUCGGUGGCAGAAACGAAGAAGAUCAUUGGCGAAAAUUACAGAAAGUUCUUGAUUGUUUACAAAAGCAUAACGUUAAAAUCAAUUUCGAUAAAAGCGAAUUUGCAAAGAAAAAAAUUCAAUAUUGCGGUUAUUUGAUUGAUAAAAAUGGUGUCCAUAAGUGUCCAGAAAAAAUGGAAGCAAUCCGCCACAUGAGGAGACCCCAAAAUAUUACAGAACUACGAAGUUUUUUGGGAUUAAUAAAUUAUUAUGGUCGGUUCAUAGAAAACCUCAGUGACAUCGUUUUUCCGUUAAAUAAACUUUUACAAAAGAACAGCACUUUUAACUGGACAGAAAGCUGUGAAAAAGCGUUUAAUAACGCUAAGCAAGCAUUUUUAAGUGAAAAAUGUCUUGCACAUUUCAACCCUAAACUUCCUUUAGUUCUGGCCACUGAUGCAAGCUCAUACGGUGUGGGCGCCGUUCUUUCACAUACUUUUCCAGACGGAACCGAGAAAGUAUUACAAUAUGCGUCACAAACCUUGUCUACUACACAAAGGAAGUACAGUCAAAUUGAUAAGGAGGCCUAUGCUAUUAUUUUUGGAAUAAAAAAAUUUCACCAAUUUUUAUACGGAAAUUCCUUUACAUUAUUAACUGAUCACAGGUCUUUAGUUCAAAUUUUUUCUCCACAAAAAAGUUUACCACUUUUCAGCGCAUUACGAAUGCAGCACUAUGGUCUUUUCUUACGUGGUUUCAAUUACAAAAUUAAAUACAGAAAAUCGGCCGAACAUGCGAAUGCAGACUGCUUAUCAAGACUUCCUUUGUCUAAUAAAAUAGAAACACAUGAUGUAAUAGAUGCAUUUCUAAUUGAAACAGUAAAUUCUUUUCCAAUUGACGCGAAAAUUGUUAAAGCCGAAACGCAGAACGAUGUGAAUUGUCAAAAACUAUGUAAAAUAUUAGAAGAGAAACAGGGAAAAGCGAAACGAACUUUCUGGAAUAUCGAUCUUAAUGAAUUCCGUGAAAUAAAUGGUGUACUGAUGCGUGAUCACCGAAUAGUAAUACCAACGAAAUUGCGUAAACAAAUGUUACAAGAAUUACAUGUAGGGCAUUUUGGAAUGACGAAAAUGAAAAAUCUAGCACGAAGUUAUUUUUGGUGGUCAGGAUUAGACCAAGAGAUCGAAGAUCUUGUCAGAAAUUGUGCAAAUUGCAAUACUUAUAAAAAUAAUCCGAAAAAGGAAGUUCACUUAUGGGAAGAAGCGACUGAGCCUUUCCAACGAAUACAUAUAGAUUUCGCAGGACCAUUUUUAGAUAAAACAUUUUUCAUUCUAAUUGAUGCUUUUUCGAAAUGGCCUAUC